UCAAACCUAUAGUGUUGCCAUUAACCCCUAAAAGUUAACACAUCAUAAUAUAUACUUAAACGUUUACAAAAUGGCUUUUAUAGAAGAUAUAUUAAACAAACUCGGAUGGAACGACGGUUUUCAAAUCCCGGUGGCAAACCGGGAAAACCAAGAACUCGAAAAGGAGUUGGCCACAUUAACGUUUCAGAAAGCGAAAGCGAAAACUGGCCUCGAUAACACGUUGAGCCGUUUGACGAACUUAAAAGAACAUUUUAAGUUUGUUUUACAGGAAAAUGAACAAACCCAAAAACUUAUUACUGCCCAUAAGCAGCAAUACGAUACGGAGAGGAACAGUUUACACUCCCUUAAAGGCGAGAAGAAUAAACUGGAAACUGAAAUUGCCGAAGUGAAUAAGAAAGUUAAAGACUUGGAAUGUUUAAAGGAGAAUCUUAAGAAGGAUUUGGAAAAGGCUGUCAUUAAGGUGGACAGAAUCAAACAAGAAACAGGCUGGGAUAUCGAAGCCCUAAAAGCAUGGGAAGAAGCAUUAAAAAAACGCGACGACGACAACGAACUAUUAAAAAAAUUCUCAAAAGAAGACGAGAGAAGAUUCAACGUCCUCGAAGCGAGACGACAAUUUUUACAAUGCGACUAUGACAACAAAACGAUGAUAAUCGCGAAAGCCGUAUGUGAGCUACACAGUCUGGAAAUGAUCAUCGAAAGAACUGGCAAAGCUGUCAAGCAGCAAAUGAACGAACGGGAAGCGUUGAUAAAACAGUGGAAAGACGCGGUGAAAAUGCUCCAAACCAGAGAUCAGGAUAUAUCCAAAUGGCAGGAACGCAUAGGGCAAUCCCAUGACGCUUUAAUGAAGCAACAAGAAAUUCUGGAAGAAGAAAACCAAUUGCUAAAAAACGAGAUUAAGAACAACAAAGAGAUCGAGUUGGAAAUUGAGUCGCUUAAUGCAAUGAACUCCAGGAUCCGUAGGGAGCUCGGGGAGUUUCAGCAAAAUGUUUUGACAGUCAUUAAUGAAGUGCAAACUGUGAAGAGACACGUGGCAUUGUCAGCAAACUCUUUGGAGAAAAUUCGUAUGAAAAACCGGAUGGUGGAUUAUAAAAUUAGUGAAAAAGAAAGGCAUUCCAUCAAAGACAAAGAAGACUUAGUUAUACUGGAGGAUAAAAUAAGGGACAUGGAAGGAAACUCAUUGUCGUCUUCAGAGAGGAUCAAUCGCAUCCAGAAAAUGAUCGAGCACGAGCAGAAGCAUUCCAACAUGCUUAUGGCAGACACUGAAAAGAUCAACAAUAGUUUAUACAGGACGGAUCAGAUGUUAAAAGAGCAACAAGGGAUCGGGAAAUCUUUGGAGGUCCAGAUGAAUAAUCUGCAUUGCAUUUCGACUAAGUUGAGAAAACAUAUUGUCGACGAGAAAAAAUCUUUGGAGAAGAUUAAGGAGGUGGUGUACGAUAUGCAAUAUAGAAUAGACGAGUUCGAGCAACGACUUUGUAAACUGGAAGGCUCCAACAAGAGGGAAGAUCAUAUGGACGAAAAGGAGGAAAAAAUUAGAGAGUUGGAAAAGAUAUUGGGAGAUUACGCGGAGGUACAGCACACGCUACAGACCCAAGUCAAUCGGUUACAAGAUGAAAUGAGAAGACUGUCCAACUUUAUUGCGACCGAUAAGGAACACUUGUCUACGUUACAAAAUAAGGUGGAGAAUCAUAUGUUGGAGUACGAUAUUGGCCGAAAACAAAUAAUUGCUGCAAGAAACUCAACCCAAGAAAAGCAAGUGGAAGAGAACAUCAUGAGGCUCAGAAUAAAUCACAUUGAGCAAGACAUGAAGAAAGAAGAAAAGAAGAUAUUUAGCUUACAAAAGCUGAGGGUGGCCUUAGAUCAGGCUAUGAAGGAACGCAAUGUAGAAAUUGAAACGAAACGAUCAAUAGUGUUUGCCAAAAAAAGAAACUUAGAAGAAGAAAAGGGAAGACUAAAAGGAGACAUCUCGCUCAGAAAAAUCAAAGUGGAGCAGCUACAAAAGAAAUACCACAUUGAACUGAUGUCUCUGGGGAAAGACGAGGAUGGACAACCGUUAUCCGUGACCCACUUCAAAAUUAAGGCGGCCCAAGAUAAGUACAUGUUGCAACAAGAAGGGGAUGAGCUAGACCAGAAGAUUAAAAUUGCUGAGAAAGAGAUAGUGGCCAUGGAGAACACCUUGAAGAUGGUCAAUUUAACGAAUGUGGCUUUCAAGGGUAACCUGUCGCAAAUCAAAGAAGAUGAUCCUGAAAUUGUUGAAAUGAAAGCUUUGGAUUCUUUACUUAAAGAGUGGCAAUUAAAAGUGAGGAAAGCGAGGCAACAGUUGAGUGAAUCUCAAGCAGUUUUAGAAGAGUUGAAAAGGGUGCUAAACGAAGAACUUAAGAAGGAAGUAGCAGAAAAGAAAGAACAUCUAAAUGAACUCGAAGAGGAAAAUUUGUUUAUCGAGAAACAAGAGCACACCAAAGAGGAGAAGUUAAAGAGAGCCGAACUCCAACUAAGAAAAACUUUGAAGAAACUAAAUUUACCAGAAAUGACUAUAUAUGAUCAAGACUUGGAAAUUCGACAAAUGAAAGAUGCCAACAACGCCGUAUUGAAGCAUUUGAACUCGAUGUUAACGGAACUUCCCGAUGUAGCUCCGAACAUCAACAAAUACGCCGCUGAAUUGGGAGUCAACUUGAAAACUCUAAGCAGUUUCAGUUCGAAGACUUUUUCCACUUGUAGUUCCGUUGGUAGUAACGGAUCGAGUUCCAGGAGUCUGAUAAUGCAAAUGACCAACGUGAUGGUUAAGAAGUUGGAUGUGGCUUUUAAAGAGUGAUUUUACUGUGUUUUUUUUAUAGAAUUUUUAAUAAAAUUAUUUGAGUUUCUUA